AUGCCAUUCAGGCGACAGAACGAUACCAUCAGGGAGGGAUUCCACUCAAUUGAAGAUGAAGCCUUGGACGCAGCUGCAACAAUCAGUCAGGCAGAGAACAGCUCACAAGAUGGGGAGUCGUGGGGUGCUUUGAACUUCAAUAUCAACCUACAAGAGGCCAGCUCCAUGGAAGAGCUUCUGUUCCCUUGGAUAGCACCCAAUAUUGUGGGAGACCUGGGUGAAUUGAAACCCGUUUCAGACAUAAACCCGAGCUUCAAUUGGGUUACUACGCAGAUGAAAACCUACCCUCGUUUAUUUGCUCGCCAGGCGGAGACGCCAUUCAUUCACAAGUCGCUCUAUCCAGAUCUAAAACCCCGCUCGAUUCGAGCAGCUCUGACAGUUUGUGCCGCCUCCGAGAAUGUGGUUGGAGCAAAUAAAUCUAUGCUCUUCCGCAUCCUCGACGCCGAAGUCGUGGACUUGCUGCAACCUGGGUCAGGCUCGAUGCCCACCCUUCUUGAGGAUCUGGCAAAACUGCAGGCGAUAGUGCUAUAUCAAAUCAUACGACUUUUCGAUGGUGGCCUAUCACAGCUUACUGUCCUGGAACAGCAGGCUGAUAUGCUUAAAGCCCUGGCACUAGGGCUUCUUCAGCGGUCAGAUGUUGAGCUUCGCGAUGCACAGCCUGGCUGGGAGUCCUGGAUCCUAGCAGAGAGCGUUCGAAGAACUGUUCUACUGGUUUUCCUGGUCUACGGAGUUCGUUCAGUCUAUCAGCACGGCGUUUGCCUCGAGCUCCCGACGUUGGUUCUUCUACCCGUUUCGACCCAUGCCGCGUUCUGGAAUUCCAAGGCCCGCUACGUGGAACUUGGUGAUCAGGCGGGGACGUUGAAAUACAAUGAUUUCAGCACGCUGUGGCUGACUUCUCCACCUAGAGAGCUUCAGGCUUUUGAGAAAUUACUUCUUGUGUCUUGUAAAGGCAUUGAUCAGGUCCGAGCCCACGGCGGUCUCGACCUGGCCAAUCAAAAUGUUCAACCAGACAUGAGUCAAUCAUACUGA